ACGUCAAACAGAUUGACUUAUAAAGUCAGCAACGUCAAAUUAUUUUGUAAAAUAAUUUUUUAACAAAAUGUCGGUUUUCGAUGGUGAAAUUGAAUUUCAAUCAGUGUAUAUGGUAGAUUUUGCUAAGAAAAAUAAACCGAAAAGUCCACGUCGCAAAGCAAUAGACGACGAUUGUCUUAUCGUCGGCCUUAGUCGUGAUUCCCUGAAAGCCAGAGACCAGCCGCGCAAAAGUCCGGAUGUAUUAUGCCCUAUUAACUUCGAAUACUACAAGGAGGCUGUUGAACGGUUUGGUGAAGACCAUCCAAGAGUCACUAAAAGAUACAUGACGAAGGAUGUCGAUCCAACGCCAGUGGACCACGAGAUCCAGGACCUAAAGAGGACUGAGUAUUUAACCAAAUAUUGUUCCAGGGAACUGCCGUUCAUGUCUGUGAAUCUGGCGAGGCGUGCGCGUGCGCUCCAAACUCUGCGGCUACCGGACGACAUCUACAUACCAGACACGAGCCAAAAGGGCUCAUACCGCCCGCCCAAGCCGGAGAAAUACGCGGAACCGCCCUCCGCUAUGUCUAUGAGACCUAAGUUUGAUCCAUCAUUGACAAAGGAGCUACGACGCAUCUUGCGUGUGCGCACAGGCGAUACAAGUUAUGGCGUGACUCACGAUCUAUUAGCUAAAGUGGUACUUGAGAAGAAUCCCUUUGGACCACCCCGCGAAGAGCCCAAAUUUGGUCGUUGGAAGAACAGAUACUUUUACACUUAUAGAAUUUAAUUUAUUAUGUUUAUUAUUCGUCCGGUCAAUAUAGACAUUUGAAAUAACAAAAGUUCUCGGAGGAGAGUCAAAUAUUGGAGGAGAGAUGGGGUUUACCAUUACAAAUAAAGUAUUAAAAAUCCCCAUCGAUCCUAUGUGUGCUACAAAAGUUUGCAUUUUUAUGUCUAAAUUGACCGGACUAUACAUGUGUGUGAGCGUUUUGAAAAGCUUUAGUAAAUAAAAAUAUUAUCGUC